AUGUUACUUAGGCCUACAUCUCUAUUCGCCAGUUUGAAAAGUUUCCCUCGUGUGAGUAAACCUAGUAGCUCGCUCGGUUUUAAGAAUUAUUCAACAAAAUCAAAUAUUCAUUACGAUGGAACUCAAUCUUCAUAUGCAAGCAACUCUGCUUCUUAUUUGGGGGAUGCAUUAGCUACCGAUGGAUCUAUUGAGACAGUUGAUCUUGCUUAUGACAAACACUCCCCUCAGGAGGAACCAUCAGUUACUAGAUCCCCAUUAAUCAUAUUGCAUGGAUUAUUCGGAUCCAAAAUUAACAAUAGAACAGUAGCAAAGAAAUUGGCCACAAGACUUGAAAGAGACGUUUAUUGUUUGGACUUGCGUAACUUCGGACAAUCUCCCCAUAUAAAUAGGUUGGAUUAUCCUUCUUUAUCUGCUGAUGUUGAGAAUUUCAUUGAACAAGCCAAGUUUCCAGAAAAUGCUAAACCUAUUAUAAUCGGACAUUCUAUGGGAGCUAAAACGGUCAUGGCAUUGGCCUUACGUCGUCCAGACUUACCAAAGAUGGUUGUCUCGGUAGAUAAUGCUCCUGUUGAUUUAACUAUGACUUCAGUUUCAUCGUUCACUAAAUACAUUAGACAAUUAAGAAUUGCAUUAGAACAAUAUAAAUAUACCAACAUAAAGGAUGUGGAUGCACAAUUAGCAAAGGUUGAACCUUCUAAAGAAAUCCGUCAAUUUUUAAUUACCAAUCUUCAUAGAGGUAAAGCUAAUGAUGUUAUUACAUCAAGAGUUCCGUUAGAGACUAUAAAUAAGGCCAUUACAGAAGGGUAUAUUUCUGGCUGGCCUUACGACCUGAAUAUCUCUAGAUGGUCAAAAGGGCCAUUGUUGGUUGUAAGAGGAACUCAAUCAUCCUAUGUUCCUGACGAGAUCAUCCCUGAUAUUGGAAAAUAUUUCCCUAAUUUCGAUGUUAGAGACGUUGAUUCUGGUCACUGGGUUAUCAGUGAAAAGCCAACAGAAUUUAUGGAAAUAUUAGUUGACUUUAUUGAAAAGAACGAAGACGGAGAGUUCUGA